AUGGUCGCCGAUAAGGAACCUCCGUCAUCUCCUGCCAUCCACAACAUUCCCUUAAAUGAUCUGGAAUCAGGCCUGGAUCGCCGAUUCCAGCCCCCGUUUCUUCCAUGGAGCGUGUCAGUGUCCGACCUAGUAGCCGAUCCAUCCAAGCUUUUUCCAAUUGUUCAGCACUUCUUCGACCAUUGGCAGACCUAUAUGGAAACAUUUUUCACUAACCUAACAAUAGCCAUCACCCCGAGCUAUUUGCAGCACUUGGUCGGGGGCCAACCAACACCACAAACAAAACUGCAUGCAAUCGCGGCACUAGACGGUCUACGAGGAUGGGCUUGUUUACUCGUCUUUAACUUCCAUUUUCUCUUCACCUACACCUGGAGGGUUGCGCUCGGGUGGGGGUUCAACAAUGAGAACUUUUACUUCUACCAACUACCCAUCAUUCACGUCCUUACCUCUGGACACAUCAUGGUCGCCAUCUUCUUCGUAAUCUCAGGCUACGUGCUUUCCUACAAACCUCUGAAGACGAUCCGCAGCCGGUCCUUCGAAGAUACCUUCACCACCCUCGCCUCUUCCACCUUCCGCCGUGGUCUUCGUUUGUAUCUACCUUCUAUCGUCGGCAUCUUGCUGGUCCUGAUUGCCGUCCGCCUGGGGGUGUACAACUAUUCACAAAAAGUCCUGUUCGAGGGUCGUACUAUUGUGGGUACCAAUGAACAGCACCCGCCGAUUAUGCCAAAAUCUUUCUCCAAGCAGUUUUGGGAUUGGUAUGCUACGGUGGUACGCCUCAUGAACCCUUUCGACUGGGGUCUCUACUACAACAACUACAACCCUCAUCUAUGGACUAUCCCCGUGGAGUUCCGCAGCUCCAUUGUCCUUUUUCUGACCAUCCUGGCCACCUCACGCCUGAAGUCCGUGGCGCGCGUUUCCGUCGUUAGUGGCUUGGUAUGGUUCUGCAUGCGCUGGGGUCGGUGGGAUGUAGUUCUUUUCCUCGCUGGCAUGCUUAUGGCCGAAGCCGACCUCAUCCAGGGGAUUUGGGACCGCCCACGCGAGGAAGAAGGCGAGAAGGAGAGGCGCACCUGGAGCCGCCACAACCCGUUCCAAUAUCAUCAAACCUUCCGCCUAAGUAGCCCCAAGCGCUGGAUCGCGCUCUUUGUUCUUGGUCUCUACCUAGGCUCCACCCCUAACACCGGGUACAAGUUUACCCCCUUCUUCAUGUGGACCUGGACCAUCACCCCCAAGACCUAUCCCGAACCCCACCGCUUCCCGCAAACCCUCGGCGCUGUUAUGAUCGUGUACAGCAUCAACCACUCCAGGGACAUCCAAAAACUCUUCAUCAACCCGGUGUCGCAGUAUUUGGGCCGCAUUUCCUUCGCGUUCUAUAUCGUCCACGGCCCCAUCCUCCACUCCCUGGGAUACUCUCUCAUGCCCAGUAUCUGGAAAAUCACUGGCAAGGAGACGGACUUCCAAUCCUGUUUUGGGUUUUUCAUCGGUUGGCUCAUCUGCCUUGCGGUUUCCCUCUGGGCGGGUGAUCUAUUCUGGCGUAUGGUUGACAUUCCCAGCGUGGACUUUGCGAAAUGGGUCGAGAGUAAAGUCGUCGUCGUCGUCGUGGCUAAGACGACUCCGCGCGAAAAUCUACGACCCGGUCCAAGCUCGCAUGUUUAUUAA